AUGACAAUCGGUUCCGGACCAGCGGCAAAUGAAUGUGCCAGAAAUAACAUGAAAACUGCCUUAAAUGUGUUUAAGGAAAAGAUUCCCGAACCUAUGCGUACAAUUCUAACAUGUAGGAACCCCCAGACCCUUGAAGUAGCAAUGGAAAUACUAUUCCAAGCUAGCUAUGCGUGCGUCACAUCAACAAACGAAAUGUUUCCCAGCUAUGGAAAACCACCGAACAAAAUAGGACAUAAAAAUCGACAAACAUACCGACAAGUUGGUAACAACAAUUCUAAUAAUACAAAGAUUUUUAACAAUCGAAACACGCAACCACACUUUUCAUAUAAUCAACCAAACCCUCGAAAUCACUAUCGGAAUGACAUUCAAAAUAUCUCAAAUAAUUGGGAAAGAAGAGACUAUCGGAACUCUAAUCAUAACGGACAAAAUCAACAACAAAAUAACUGGAAUCCUUUCAGACAACAGGACAGACAAAAUAUACAACGUGACAACUAUUUGCCUAGACCUGAACCCAUGGACGUAAAUAACAUUGAGGCACCAAUUAAUCGCAAUCAUCCUCAUCCUACUGGCUAUUACAGGAAAUUUAUCAAAGAUUAUUUAAUAAUCGCGAAACCCAUGACGAAAUAUUUGAAAAAAGACACAAAACUUAAUUUGAAUGACCCUGAAUAUGAGAAAAGCUUCAAUACCCUUAAAACUUUACUAAUUAAUGACCCAAUACUAGCAUAUCCUGACUUUACAAAAACAUUCACGCUCACUACUGAUGCCAGUAACUAUGCACUAGGAGCUAUUCUUUCACAGGACAACCACCCAAUAUGUUUCGCUAGUCGUACCCUCAACACACAUGAAAUAAAUUAUAGCACAAUAGAAAAAGAAUUAUUGGCCAUUGUAUGGGCUACAACAUAUUUUAGGCCAUAUCUUUUCGGACGCAAAUUUCUUAUAGAAACAGAUCAUAAGCCGUUAACUUGGCUUUUUUCAAUAAAAGAACCCAACUCCAAACUUGUAAGAUGGAGAUUAAAAUUAUCGGAAUUUGGCUAUGAAGUAAAAUACAAGAAGGGAACUAAAAAUGGCAAUGCCGAUGCCUUAUCUAGGAUUGAACCAGAAUCUGUGAGCAUAAAUGCGUUAGAAUCCAGUAAUGUAACAAUAAGGGAAACAUCAUCACCAAUCAACAUAUUUAAAAAUCAGAUACGGUUACUAAGACACGAUAGCAGAAAUAAAGACGAAACUAUGGAAGACAAAAUGACAAGGAUAAUAGGGUUCUACAAUAAUACAAUACACAGCACUACAAGUAUUAAGCCGAUUGAUUUCCUAAAUGGUAAAAUACAUGAAGACAAAUAUAAGGAAAUUCACGACCUAAUAAACCAGAAAAAGGAGAAAUAUAUACAGAAAUUGAAUGAAUCUAGAAAAGAUAUAGAAUUAGAAGACGGAACAAAUUAUAUUAAGGAGAUAAGAGGUGAUGACGACUUGGAUCAUAAUACUUACACUAAUCAUGACAACUAA